AUGGCAAGUGUGAGAGAGAACCAAGUGAGGAACGUUCUUCACCUCCCGCGACUUGGACAUGAUGUGGAAGAAGGUAGUGUGCUGGCGCAGUAUGCAUGUGCUUUGGAAGCUGUCCACCCUCCGCAGGUCAUGCAGCUGACCAUGAUGGCAAAUGGUAUGGAGGGCGAUGGUGAAUCGGGGUUGGCUUCUGCUCUUCCAAACGCUGCUCAAGGUUAUGCUGCUCCUCGGGAACUUCAAAUGGCGUAUGCUGCAACUGCUGAGGAUGGAUCGCCUCUGGAACCGUCCACUUUUCUCUACGCUGCUCUCGGGCCAGCCACACCCAUCGCUCUUGCUACCCAUCCUGGGCAGACGCCUAACGGACAAGAUGGUGCAUCGAUGUACUCGGCGCUUGGUCCACCACCUGCAUGGUCGAAUGGAUCUGCCCCGGCUCCAAUCGCCGCCUACGCCGACACACUCGGCGAGCCCAUGCCGGACAGCCCACCACCUGCAUGGUCGAAUGGAUCUGCCCCGGCUCCGAUCGCCGCCUACGCCGACACACUCGGCGAGCCCAUGAUGUACGACAACGAACCAUUCUCAACUGGCCUCGGAGCGGCGGCACCAAGCGCCCCGUUCUUCGAACGGCUGUAG